UUAAUAAGUGCACAAUUGUAUUAUGUAUAUAAAAUGUAAUUUGCUUUAUUCUUUUUAGGAAUGGGACUAUGUAAAUGCCCCUUAAAGAAAGUAACCAAUCUUUUCUGUUUUGAACACAGGGUUAAUGUUUGUGACAGUUGCCUCCUCUCUAAUCAUGCUCAGUGUAUAGUCCAAACAUACCUAAAGUGGCUGCAAGACUCCGAGUACGUGCCCCAGUGUAGACUCUGUAACACGCUACUUAACGAGCACCCUACAGUCCGUCUCUCCUGUCUCCAUGUGUACCACAAACACUGUCUCACUAACCACGCUCAGUCCCUACCUCCCACCACCGCCCCUGCUAGCUACACUUGUCUUACUUGCCAGGAGGGGAUAUUUCCUGAUGCCAGUAACAAAUCCCCAAUUGCUGAAGCGCUGCGGAAGUCCCUUGCGACAGAAACUUGGGCCAGACCAGGGCUAGGUUUGCCAGUACGAGAGAGGAUCCCGGAUAAUGGUCCUCCAGGCCCUCCUCAGCUCGCUAGCACUCCUGCUCCCCACAGAACUGCACCUCCAGUCUUCCCUGAGCACACAUCAAAGCCUCCCACCGCCACCCCAGCAGCAGCAGCAGCGGUAGUGCCAGUACCACAACCAGCUCCUCAACCAGCUCCUACCGUUAGCUCCGUGGUGGAACCAGUCCUUGUAGAACAAACUAAAGUUACCCGCCAGGAUAGCAAGAUACCUGUUGGGGUUGUUACUCCUGUUUCUGGGUCCUACGAUCGUAAGAACAUGGUGGUAGACACGCGCGACGCAGAGCCCACGAGACCUAGCGUGUCUGCGUUUGAUUGCGAUGAAGACAAAUACAGGCGGAGGAGUUUGAGAGAGUGGCUAACUCGUUGGUUCAGAUUGCACUCAAUAAGCAAAGAUAGAGAUGAUCCCUUAUCUGCAAACUUGCGGCGCUGGAUUAUCUUAUUUAUUAUCGGUGUAAUUGUCCUUCUAACGUGCAUUCUGAUGUUGACACGUGUAACUAAUGACCAUGCUACUAAUGAUCCGUUCGUACAUCUGGGACACGAUAACAAGGUCCAGAUAAAUCCUAAAUAGAGAAUGUUUGGAGUUUAACAUUUUUGUCGAUUGUGGUAAAAAUGGAUCCCUUGAUAAUAUAGGUUGAGUAAUGAGUGCAUGAUUGAUGAAAUUUAUGGAAUGGGGUGAGAAAUUUUAAGUAAGUUUUAAGCUAGGAUAUAUUGAUUUUUUUCUCUUUUGUUUUUUUUUGCUUUUGAUUUUAUUGCUUGAGAAUGUUGCAUGCAGCAUGUAUAAACCUACAAUUUAAAAAAUAUUUUGUUGAUCUUAAUUUAUGAUUUUUGGCAGACGUCUGUUAGACAGGAUAAUUUUUUAUUUUUGCCAUCAAAGAUUCAGUAGAUUCGCAAAUUGUAAAGGUAUAAUGUUAAUUUUAACAUGGGUUCACAUUGCUAGAUUUUCAAAUUUAGCUUAGUCAUGACAAAAACUUUUUUGAAUUUUGAAAGUUUUAUUGCUUGUAAAUUGGUAGCUUACAAUGUUGUAAAAUAAUAAGUUAUUUUAAUCUAAACGAUUUAACAAUUUACAGUAAUUAAGAAAAAAUGUGCAUUAGCUUUCAGAUAUUAGCAUUGACUUACAUUUUAUUGUUUCCAGUUGAGCUGUUAAACGAAUUGUAAAUCCUUAUUAUUUUAGUUUCUAAACUUCUGUGGUGGCAUGUAUUUAAUUCAGAACGAAACUUAUUUAAA